AUGGAGACGGAGAAGACCCGAACCACCGCUCCCAUUGGGACUUGCGAGGGGAGGGUACUUUUGGGUUACAUUGAAUCCACAAAGUACAAUCAGGCUAUAGAUAUCAUAUCAAAGGAACCAGCGCCGCGGAACAACAAAGAUCGAUGUCAAGACUGGACUCUAGAGUGCGUAAUCGCACUCGAAGCUGAGGAGUUACUCCCUGCCGGUACCUCAGGUUGGCUUGCAGAGAUCGUCGGGAAGCCUUCCAAAGACGUUGCA